AUGCGCGAGCAAGAAAUUGAUAGGAACGGCUUGCACUCAUACAAGACAGAGUCUACCAAGCACUGCUUCGUUUCCAAAGGAAAGAAGGUGCUACCAAACUACGCCAAGAGUUCGUCGCAUCGUCUACGGAACGAGCUCGGCUUUGCGGUCCUCCUACCAUGCAUCGUUUUCAUCUCCGCGUACGGUAUCGCCUUCAUUCCUGCAAACAACACAAAAAUAAUCCAGGUACUGAAAAUCUGGACCCGUGACUUUGUUACCCGCUUUACAUUCUCUGCGAUGAUUCAGAAGCGUUACAAAUAUCCGCUUCCCGCUGGCUUUACGAUGGCAGGACUGAGUAUCCCACGAUGA